AUGUCCCCGCCUGAAUGCACACGGCCUCUUCCAGACGCUGACCAAGGGGAGUUAAUGCUGAGACGUGGAUAUAACCUUGAGACUAGUGGAUAUAACCUUGAGACUUGUGGAUAUAGCAUUGAGACUUGUGGAUAUAACAUUGAUACUUGUGGAUAUAACCUUGAGAUUUGUGGAUAUAGCAUUGAAACUUGUGGAUAUAACCUUGAGACUUGUGGAUAUAGCAUUGAGACUUGUGGAUAUAACAUUGAUACUUGUGGAUAUAACCUUGAGACUUGUGGAUAUAGCAUUAAAACUUGUGGAUAUAACCUUGAGACUUGUGGAUAUAACAUUGAGACUUGUGGAUAUAGUAUUGAGUCUUGUGGAUGUAAUAUUGAAACUUGUGGAUAUAGCAUUGAGUCUUGUGGAUAUAACCUUGAGUCUUGUGGAUAUAGCAUUGAGUCUUGUGGAUAUAGCAUUGAUACUUGUGGAUAUAGCAUUGAGUCUUGUGGAUGUAAUAUUGAAACUUGUGGAUAUAGCAUUGAGUCUUGUGGAUAUAACCUUGAGUCUUGUGGAUAUAGCAUUGAGUCUUGUGGAUAUAGCAUUGAUACUUGUGGAUAUAGUAUUGAGUCUUGUGGAUAUAACAGUGAGACUUGUGGAUAUAGUUUUGAGUCUUGUGGAUAUAACAGUGAGACUUGUGGAUAUAGCAUUGAGUCUUGUGGAUAUAACACUGAGACUUGUGGAUAUAGUAUUGAGUCUUGUGGAUGUAAUAUUGAAACUUGUGGAUAUAGCAUUGAGUCUUGUGGAUAUAACAUUGAGACUUGUGGAUAUAACAUUGAGACUUGUGGAUAUAGUAUUGAGUCUUGUGGAUGUAAUAUUGAAACUUGUGGAUAUAGCAUUGAGUCUUGUGGAUAUAACCUUGAGUCUUGUGGAUAUAGCAUUGAGUCUUGUGGAUAUAGCAUUGAUACUUGUGGAUAUAGUAUUGAGUCUUGUGGAUAUAACAGUGAGACUUGUGGAUAUAGUUUUGAGUCUUGUGGAUAUAACAGUGAGACUUGUGGAUAUAGCAUUGAGUCUUGUGGAUAUAACACUGAGACUUGUGGAUAUAGCAUUGAGUCUUGUGGAUAUAACACUGAGACUUGUGGAUAUAGUAUUGAGUCUUGUGGAUAUAUUAUUGAGACUUGUGGAUAUAGCAUUGUGUCUUUUGGAUAUAACAGUGAGGCCUGUGGAUAUAGCAUUGAGUCUUGUGGAUAUAACAGUGAGACUUGUGGAUAUAGUUUUGAGUCUUGUGGAUAUAACAGUGAGACUUGUGGAUAUAGCAUUGAGUCUUGUGGAUAUAACACUGAGACUUGUGGAUAUAGUAUUGAGUCUUGUGGAUAUAUUAUUGAGACUUGUGGAUAUAGCAUUGUGUCUUUUGGAUAUAACAGUGAGGCUUGUGGAUAUAGCAUUGAGUCUUGUGGAUAUAACAGUGAGACUUGUGGAUAUAGUUUUGAGUCUUGUGGAUAUAACAUUGAGACUUGUGGAUAUAGCAUUGAGUCUUGUGGAUUUAACAUUGAGACUUGUGGAUAUAGCAUUGAGACUUUUGGAUAUAGUCAGUACCGUAUUAGACAUUUGUGUAAGUCUUAG